AGAAACGCCGAGAGGGAGGGGACGCCAGCGUAAUAUUCCCACCGUUUUCUCCUCUCCUCCGUAGAGCCGAGAAAACAAGGGCAUCCAUCGCGCUCUCUCAAAGCUCCCUCACGUCUCAACGCCGGGGCUGAAACUGCAGCGACACCACCUCUCUCUGUCUCUCUCCCUCCGACCCUGCCGUCUUUCAGGAGCGUCCCCGUGUCCUCUUCCUCUCCACCUGGAGGUUUUGUUUUUCAGCCUGCUGGGGGGAUUGCCGAGCCGAGCGGCAGGGGCGUGAGAGGCGGAUGCUGCGAGCGUAGAAGGCAGGGUACCAACCAGGAGCAUCACCGCACUCACCACGAUGGACAGAAUGAAUUUUCUCUCCUUCUUCCUCCUUUGCUUGACUUCGGUUGCAAAUGGCAACAAAGCCAAUAAGCACAAGCCAUGGAUCGAGACAGAGUACCAGGGGAUCGUCAUGGAGAACGACAACACCGUGCUGCUCAACCCCCCUCUCUUUGCCCUGGACAAAGAUGCCCCACUGCACUACGCCGGUGAAAUCUGUGGCUUCCGGGUUCAUAAUGGCCCCUCGGGUUCAGGAUCGGUCCAGUUUGAAGCCGUGGUUCUGGACCGCUCUACCGGCGAGGGUCUGGUCCGCUCCAAGGAGCCGCUGGACUGCGAGAGCCAGCGGGAGCACAGCUUCACCAUCCAGGCCUACGACUGCGGAGAAGGGCCUGAUGGAGUCAACAGCAAGAAGUCCCACAAGGCCACCGUUCAUGUACGUGUGAACGACGUCAAUGAGUUCUCCCCCGUGUUUGUCGAGCGUCGCUACGAGGCUUCAGUCCCAGAAGGGCGCCUGUUCGACCGAAUCGUGCGUGUGGAGGCUCUGGAUGCCGACUGCUCCCCGCAGUACAGCCAGAUUUGCUUCUACGACAUCAUCACUCCCAAUGUGCCCUUCGCUAUUGACAACGAUGGUAACAUUAAGAACACAGAGCCGUUGGAUUCGAAGCGUCAGCGGGUUCACACCUUCUGGGUGACAGCCUUCGACUGCGGAAAGAACCGCGCUCAGGCUGACGCCCAGGUUGUCGUCACGGUCAAGCCGUCCUGCAAACCCGGCUGGAUGGGAUGGACCAAGCGUGUGGAGUACACUCCUGGGUCAGGGAGCAUCCCCCUGUUCCCCAGCCUGCACCUGGAGACCUGUGAGGAGACAGUGUGGAACAUCCAGGCCACCGUAGAGCUCCAGACCGGCCACAUCGGGAAGGGCUGCGACAGAGACAGCUACUCUGACAGAUCUGUGCGACGCCUGUGUGGUGCUGUCAGAGGUGAGGUAGACCUCCUCCCACCUCCGUCACCUGCUGCCAACUGGACCUCCGCUCUGCCCACUCUGCCUUCUUCUGAUUCAUCUCUGGUCUUCUCCUUCAACGGGUCCAACCACGUCGCCGUGGUGCCGGAUUCGGUCGUCUCAGCGUUAUCGGGCGACCACUUCACCCUGCAGCUGUGGAUGCGAAGGGGUGGAGCCAACAUCCAGCCUUCGACCACUCAGACCCGAGGAAAUCGCAAAGAGGAGGAGACGAUUGUUUGCAGCACCGUCAAGAACGAGCUUCCGUCGGUAAAAACGGCAACAGAAUUCACAGACGACUCGUUCUCCCACUAUUCCCUCUCCGUCCACGGCUGCCGCCUCUCUCUCUUCUACUGGCCCGACGUCUCUGCCGCACGGCCCGUCAAGUUCUUGUGGAAACUGGAGCAGGUGUGUGACAGCGAGUGGCAUCAUCUUUCACUCAGCGUCCAGUUUCCGUCAGUGACCCUGUAUGUCGAUGGCGUGACCUUCGACCCUGCCCUCAUCCAUGACAACGGAGCCAUCCCCAACCCCGCCCCCCGCCAGAGGAUGUUCAUCGGCGCCUGCUGGGAGCCUGAGGAGAAGCAGAAAGAGAUACUAAACAACACCAUCCCAGAGGGUAAAGACUCAGUGAAGUAUGUGGGCGGUUACCACGGCCUGUUGUCCGGGGUGACGGUGCGUCCAGGCAGCGUGGAGCCUCACAGUGUGGUGGAGUGUCUGUACGCCUGCAGGGAGGGUCUAGACUUUGGAGACCUGGAGACUCUGGGCUCUGGCAUGAAGGUCCACGUGAACCCCAGCCAGUCAGUGUUGGUGCUGGAGGGUGACGACAUUGAGAGCUUUAACCGUGCGGUGCAGCAGGUCACCUACAGGAACUCUCUACGCUUCGCCACCCCUGGAGUCCGACCCCUCAAACUGACCACCUCGCUCAGAUGUUUCAACGAGGAGAGCUGCCUGUCCCUCAAGCAGCUGGAAGGAUACCUGGUGGUCCUCCAGCCUGACGCCCCUCAGAUCUCUCUGUCCGGGGUCGGCCCUCACCUGGCCCGGCCUGCCCCUGAGUUUGAAGGCCCCCGUGGUGUCCCCCUUUUCCCUGAGCUCCGGAUUGUCUGCUCCUUGUCUCAUGCUGUCAACACGGCUGCACAGGGGAUGGAGGGUGGAGCUCUGAUGUCCGAUGCCGUCGCUCACACUUUGGACGGCUGCGAGGUCCAGCCGCUGGGGGAGGAGCUAAACCCAGAGAGGGAGGAGCUUCUGGUGGACAUGGAUGUUGUGCGAGAGAGGGGACUGGAAAUCAUCAAUACCACUGCUUAUAUCGCCAUCACAGGUGCUGAAUCCAUCUCCGUGUAUGAGGAUGUCCUUCGCUCAGUACGCUACCGACUGGCCAAAGGCUCAGCCCGCUUUGAGAGGCGGUUCCGCCUGUCCUGCUCUGAGAUGAAUGGCAGAUACACCAGCAAUGAGUUGACUCUGGAGGUGAACUUCCUGCACUCCCUGGACAGUCUGUACCACCCCUCUCACCUGCUGGCCUCUCAGCAGCAGUUCCUCCAUCCAUCCCACCACGCUGGAGAGCUGAGUGGACACACCCUGCCCAAUCCACACCGCAACUCAGUGGUGCCAGGAGCAGCCACCGUCAUCAUAAUGGUGUGUGUGGGUUUCCUGGUUGUCAUGGUGAUCCUUGGUGUGUUCCGAAUUCGCUCCAUCCAUCGCCGUGGCGAGGGUGCCAGGGGCGGGGCUAAGGAAGGAAGCAGCCAAUGGGACGACUCUGCCCUUACCAUCAUCGUCAAUCCAAUGGAGUCCUAUGAAUCUCGCAUGGGCAUCUCUGCUGACACGGAGGGGGAGGGGGAGGAGGACGAGGAGGUAGCGGAGUCACCUGACGACGCCAGCGACGACCAGCGAAUCAUCAUCAAGAAGGAGGGGAGGGACGGCAACGCCCGUCGCUACUGAGCCACACGUGUCUGCACCAGUUCUCAUGGAAACCACAAACCGGAUCACCAGUCACACACUCCAACACUUCUAAUAUCAACGACUGCUGACACCACUAGUAUAAGGAAUGUAUGCUUACAAACACUACGCACAACACAGUCACUGUAAUACUCUUGACACUCAACGCCAUAUGUGACCUAUAGCCAACGAUGGGCUGUUGUUCUCCACCUAAAUGUUCAAUGGCACAAUGUAUACAGUUAUUGUAAUUUAAUCGCCUGAGCAAACCCCACCAAAAUUGUUUGUGGUGCACCAGUUGGUAAUCACAAGAUGGUAAUGUGUCUGUAUAGUGUAAUACUGGUUAAAUGAGACUACUUUUGUUUAAAAAAAAAAAAAGAAAAAAGAUUGUAUUCUAUCUUUUGUUAUUGAACACAGAAUGAAAACUUUACAAAAUGAAAACAAUCCGCAACAUGCCGGCCUUGAACAGAUCUGUAGGCAAAGACACAAAGCCUUGAUCCCGACGCGUCUCCACACUCCCUUAUUAGACUGACUCGAGAAGUCUGUGCACAAGCUCUUCCCUCCGUCUUUGCAUCCUCUCGCCGCAUAUUCCUCAACCAGAGUGAAGACAGUGAGGUCAGACAUCACGGCCACGCAAAAAAUAAAAAAUAAAAUCCACUAUGCUUGCAGAUUUUUUUUGUUUUUUCUUUUGGUAUUGUGUCGACUUUAGCACUUCAGCUCCUGGCUAUACUUUACGUGGGGCUGACGAUAAGAUGAGAGGAUUUGAGGACUAUCAACCACACACCUCAUAAUUUACACAAGUUGAAAGGGAAUAAAAGCCUCCAGGCGUUGAGCCAAAAUUGGAGUCUUUGCAAAGUUUCAGCUUGUGCCACUAAAUACGAAUACAAAACAUCACCCAUCUACAGUAAACCUGACCUCUGACUCCCUCCCCUCACGGUGACCACUGGAAUGUGACUCUCACUGCACUGUUUCACUCACUGCACACUGCUCUUACAGUAACUACAAGACGUCACAUUGCAGACACACACACAGGAAACACACACACAAACACACUCCAUGACGCUACCCCUGCUGUUUCCAGAAUGUCAGCUCAGCUUGGGCAGUUUUGAUUGUAUUGAUUGUAAUGAAUUUUUCUGUACAUACAACGAUGAAUAUUAUGAUAUUAUUGUUAUUACUAUUAUUAUUGCAGCCACUCUUUUAUCUGCACACUUUGCGAGGGAGCAGAUUCUGAUUUUUCUUUUUUUUCCCCCCAUUUGAGUAAAUCACCUUUACAGCACCAGAAAACAGUAUAAUAAUAAUAAUAAUAAUAGUAGUAGUGAUAAGGAUGAUAAUCCCUGGCUUGAUGAGUGUCUCUUAAUUUGUGUGUAAUAUUGUUGUAAUUUAAGAACUUGUCAAUAUCUGAAUCACAGAAAAAGGAGGGCACAUUGUUGUGAUGCUUAGAUACGUCUCACUCAUUUUUAUCUCGUACGCUUCCAGGUCAUUUUUUUGAGAUCUCAGAACGUUUACUUUCUCUUCUUUUUAUUCCCUCCAUAAAUUAUCAUUCGGUUCAAUGAAUGUACAACUGUGUGCUUCUCCUCACCUUCCCCUCCUCCCUCCCGCCUCUUCCCUUCACCUCUCCCUCCGUGUCUCUUGCUGUCUGUCUGUGUAGCCUAUCAAUGUGCAGUGCUAAACCUGUCAGUAAAUAAAGCCUGUCGUUUUUGAGUGUGAUGUUAAGAAGGAAUAAACAUUGCAUUGAUUAAUAACUUAUAUUAUUACUAUGUUACUAUCGAAACAUUACCUGUAAUUAUUGAUACGAUGAUGACAUGGAUUAUGCUGACUAAUUGUUAUUGAGAACUGUCAGAAAACAUUACAAAAUUCAUAAUAAAAACACUAUAUGACGUC